AUGAUCCAUGGGAAGUCAGUCCAGGCUCCUGGAAUUUUAAACAAAAGAGCUGAAGAUUAUGUGCAGGAAUAUAGGCGAGCUAAAACUCAGUUGUCUUCUUACUCACCCACACCGAGCCCGUGUAGAUGGAGUCCUCCACCCUCAUCUCGGUUUAAACUGAAUUUCGACGCCGCAAUCUUUAAGGAGAAUGAUGCGAUGGGUAUGGGAGCUAUCAUUUGUAAUGAAAAUGGAGAAGUGAUGGCUGCAUUAUCAGCUAAAGGCCCAACAGUAUUAUGUAGUGAGGAAGCCGAAGUUCUAGCCUGUCGACGCGCUGUCGAGUUUGCUAUGGAGUGUGGCUUCUUGGAGAUUGUGGUUGAGGGAGAUAAUCAGAUGGUCAUGUCGGCGCUUCAGUUGAGGAAGAGGCUUUCGUCUGGGGUUGGUCAUAUUUUACAGGAUGUUCUUUGUCUGCUAAGUGCCUUUAGGUGGUUGCAAGUGCACUGUAUUAGAUGGGGUGCAAAUACAACAACCCAUGCUUUAGCUAGGUUUGCCAAGAAUGUACCGAAUGAACUUAUCUGGCUGGAGGAAUCCCCUCCUCUAGCAAUUGAAGCAUUGUAUUUUGAUUCGAUUUCUAUUGAAUGA